AUGGCUAUCGGCGUUCUGAAAGUCAAAGGCAACAAGGUUGUCGAUAGUAGCGGCAAUGAGGUUCUUCUUCGCGGUGCCGCCAUUGGGGGCUGGAUGAAUAUGGAAAACUUCAUUACCGGCUAUCCGGGCCAUGAAUCCCAACACCGCGCUGCUAUGCGUCGCGUUCUGGGCCAAGAGAAAUACGAGUUCUUCUUCGACAAGUGGCUCGAGUAUUUCUUCACGGAGGCGGAUGCCAAGUUUUUUGCUGGGUUGGGAUUGAACUGUAUCCGGAUUCCGUUCAACUUCCGUCACUUCGAAGAUGAUAUGAACCCGCGCGUGUUGAAGGAAUCGGGGUUCAAGCACUUGGAUCGGGUGAUUGACUUGUGCGCCAAAGAAAAGAUCUACACCAUUCUAGAUAUGCAUACGGUGCCGGGUGGACAGAAUUGUGACUGGCAUUCCGAUAACACGACCAGUUACGCUGCUUUCUGGGACUAUAAGGACCACCAGGACCGGACGGUCUGGCUAUGGGAGCAGAUCGCCGCGAGAUACAAGAGCAACCCAUGGGUUGCAGGGUAUAACCCUCUGAAUGAGCCAUGCGAUCCCGAGCAUGUUCGUCUUCCGGCAUUCUAUGAGCGUGUGGAGAAGGCUAUCCGAGCAGUUGAUCCUGAUCACAUCCUGUGGCUGGAUGGGAAUACCUUUGCUAUGGAGUGGAAGGGAUUUGAUAAGGUUCUUCCGAACUGCGUAUACGCCAUGCAUGACUACUCGUCCAUGGGCUUUCCGACUGGACAGCGGUACAAAGGAACCUCCGAACAAAAGGAGCAUCUUGAGAAACAAUACCUUCGCAAGGCCGAAUUCAUGUACCAGAAUGGCACAGCAAUCUGGAACGGUGAAUUUGGUCCCGUUUACGCCAACCCACGGACCGAAGCAGAGGCAGAAUCCAUCAACCAAGAGCGUUAUGACCUCCUUGGCGACCAGCUCCGCAUCUACGACAAGUACAACAUUCACUGGUCUAUCUGGCUCUACAAGGAUAUCGGCCUCCAGGGCAUGAUCCACACAAAUCCAGACAGCAAGUGGAACAAGACCAUCCAGCCGUUGCUGGAAAAGAAGACAAAAUUCUGGCUUGAUGCUUGGGGAAGAGAGCCAUCUUCGGAGCCUGAAGCUGCGUUGAAGCCGCUGGUUGAGUGGAUCGACAAGGUCAGUCCUCAGGCGAAGGAGACAUAUCCCACCCCGUGGCACACAGAGCGCCACUUGCUCCGGAAUGUCUUCCAGACAUUUCUCGCUGCGUCUUUCGUAGAUGAGUUCGCAGAGUUGUUCAGAGGGAUGGGUGAGAAGGAAUUGGAGGCUUUGGCUCAUAGCUUUCACUUUGAUGAGUGUGUGCAGCGUGAAGGUCUCAAUCGAAUCUUGAGAGAGCAUGCUCACGCAACGAAGAGCUGA